AUGGCCGACGGCAGUGCAGUACACCUGGAACACGAGACCAUCAGCAACUGGGCAGCGGCCUUUCAGGCCAAAUUUGAUGUGGUAUGCCAGAAAUUCUGUGAGCUUUGGGAGGAAAAGAACCAGUCUCCUGCUCCGAAACUUAUCGCAAUGGCAUCUAACCCAGAGGCACCACCUCAAGCACAGCCAAGGCGCCCAUCCACACAGGAAACAUCACGGGUGCGGGCACACAGCACUGCGGCCCAGCAGAGACCUCACCCACCACAAGGCUGCCCGCAUACGUGGCCCCCACACGUUGCGGCACAGCCGCGACAAAAAAAGAGGACGACAGGCGGCGAAACAGAAGAAACACAGGGGCACUAA